GGAAGGCUACAAUUUCCUACGGGCGUGAAACGCAGCACAGUCCAAUGUCGUCCAGUCCUCACAAUAGUGUGAAGUGAUCUAUGCCGUCUAACAUGCAGUUAGGCAAUACGCCGACUGCACCCACUUCAGAGAGAGGACGCCUUUUGUCGUCUAAAGGAUUUAAGACUACAUGACAAAAUUUGUCCAAGUCUAAACAUGCCGGAUUCUGCAUCAAAUGAACCGGGUGUGAGGGUGUCCGACCCACAACACUCCCAAAAACUCCUGAGAGUCCUUCGUACCUUCUGGCAAGAGCAAAGCUUCCACGAUGCUGUGCUGGUCGUGGAUGGUGAGGAGCUUCCUGUCCAGAAAAAUAUUUUGGCAGCAGCCAGCCCUUAUGUUAGGACCAAGCUCAACUACAAUCCUCCAAAAGAAGAUGGCUCAACAUACAGGAUUGAGCUACAGGGAGUCUCCAUGUCUAUUAUGAAACAGAUACUUGACUACAUCUUCAGUGGUGAAAUCACGUUGAGUGAAGGGACCAUUCAGGACAUGGUACAGGCAUCCGACCUGCUCCUCAUGACCGACCUCAAAUUGCUGUGCUGCCAGUUCCUGGAGAGCUGCAUCACCGCAGAGAACUGUAUCGGCAUCCGUCUCUUCUCCCUACACUACUGCUUGCACCAUGUCCACUAUGCUGCCACCGAAUACUUGCACACGCAUUUCCGAGACGUGGUGCUCACAGAGGAGUUCAGGGAGAUGCCUCACAGCCGACUCUGUGAGCUGCUGGCGGAGGAAAAGCUAAACGUUGGCAAUGAGAAGCAUGUGCUGGAGGCCGUGGUGCGAUGGCUGGCACAUGACCCGGAAGCUCGCAGGGUGCACAUGAGAGAAGUAAUGUCUGCUGUUUGGCUGCAAGGUUUGGAUGUGAGCUACCUGAGAGAGCAGGCAAUGGGGGAACCGCUGAUGAGGGAAGUGAUCAGAGAGCACUGUCAGCCAGUGCUGGCAGAGAGCCAGCUGCAAGGCGAAGCUCUUCUCGCUGCGUUCAAGCCCCGUGGUUACUCUGAGUGUAUUGUUAUUGUAGGGGGAGAAGAUCGUAGGACCAGAAAACCCACAGCUGUGACUCGCUGCAUGUGUCCACUCUAUGACACCAACCGGCAAGCCUGGAUUGAACUUCAGCCAAUGAGCAUUGCUCGUGUGGGACAUGGAGCGGUUGCAGCCGAGGGAUUUCUGUUUGUAGUGGGUGGAACCGACGAGAACAAGACAGUCCUGAACACAGGCGAGAAGUACGACCCUGACUCUAACACAUGGAGCCCCAUACCCACAAUGCUACAGGCUCGCCAGAACUUUGGUCUCGUGGAGUUGGAUGGUCUGAUUUACGUUCUCGGGGGAGAAAAUGAAGAAACCGAGCUCACCACAGUUGAAGUGUUCGACCCUCACGUCAACACCUGGAAGAUGCAGACCAGUUUGACAAUGAUUCGGAAGGUGGGUUGUUAUGCCUCCAUGAAUAAGAAGAUCUAUGCCAUGGGUGGAGGUUCCUAUGGGAAACUGUUUGAUUCAGUCGAAUGCUUUGACACCAAAACCCAGCAGUGGACAGGCCUUUGUCCUCUCAAGGAGAGAAGGUUUGGUUCAGUGGCCUGUGGUGUUGGUAAGGAGCUCUACGUGUUUGGUGGAGUGAGAAGUCAAGAGAACGACAACCCAGGACAACGUCACAUGAUGACCUGCAAGUCAGAGUUUUACCAUGAUGAAAUGAGGAGGUGGAUGUUCCUCGAUGACCAAACCUUGUGUAUUCAGACGAGCUCAUCAUUUGUCUACGGUGCUGUUCCCAUCGGAGCCAGCGUCUACGUAGUAGGAGACUUGGACACGGGUGCAAGUUUCGACUACAUUCGUGAGUUCCGCCGCAGCACAGGGACCUGGCAUCGCACCAAGCCAAUGUUAGCCAGCGACCUCUCCAAAACAACCUGUGCAGCCCUGCGCAUCGCCAACUGCCGACUGUUCCGCCUUCAGCUGAGCCAAGGCAUGUUUCGAAUCAGAGUCUGAAUUCAGGACGGCCACUGAAGCUGCUUCUUCACUUUUGCACACUGGUACUUUCUACUCAUCUAUGGUUUGGUUUUAGUCAAUUUAGGAACACUGAAAUACAGUAUUUAAGUCGCUAGGUAUGUGGCUUUUUACUCUUUAUUUUAGGAAGACCAUGUGACUGGGGCAGGAUGACGAUCACACUGUUAUUUUUUGUAGGGUGAUAUUUAAUUGAAUGCUUCCUUUUUUUUUUUUUUUUUUUACCUGUGCCUGUUAGGGAACCCUGGACAAUAUACUGACUGCAGGUAAUAGGAUGCACACCCGCAGGGGAAUUGAUCAAAGUUUUACAGGCUGUUAAUGUUGUGCAAUGGACCAUAAUCAUUUGGAAAUUAACGUGGAACAAAAAAAAAAACACUUGUAACAUUUUCCGCUCACAGCUUCUUUUUUUUAUUGGCCCUCGGCAGAUUCUAUAAAUAACAUAUUAUUAAUUGUAAAUGUGAUACAUUGUCAGAUAUUACUCUGACUUGCCUUGUCACCUCAAAGCUUACAUGGUUUGCUCAGGUAGCUUAUAUUGUACAAAAUGUAUAAUUAUUUUGAUUUACCUCUUAUGUAAGAUAAUGGGUUACAUAUAAUCACAUUAUAUUGAUUAAUUGAACAUUUGCGAUGCUAAACUUAAUUGUGAAUAUCUCACAUGCUUUUUUGUCACAAAGUUUUGUAGCAUCGUGAUAAUUUUGUCAAUCAAGUCUUAAAGGGGUCAUUUAUGAUUUGUUUUACUACAUUUAAAACACUUCCUUGCUGUCUACAUAACAUGGAAAAAUGGCGCUUUGGUUCAAAUUUUGCAUAAAUUUUCUUUACAGACCAUCGUCAGGCUGUUUUCUUAAUGUGUCUCUGAAAACAAGCCGUUUGUAAGGAUAGUUUUUGCGGUAAACAUCCGUACCAACAAACACCAUAAGUUAUAACUAUACAUUCCUUUUUAAUAGAAAUGGAAACAGCGGAUGAUAUUAGCAUCCAAUCGUAAAUGAGUACAGAAUUUGACGCAAAGUGACAGGAAAGCGAAUAAGAAUAAUCCGAACCGUGGAGAUGAAAGUAUCUAAUGGGUUAGUUUAUUAGCUUUCUCUUUCAAAGCCUUUCUAGUCCAUUAAGUAUUGUUAUGCCUGCUCCCUAUUUGAAUAUACCAUUGUAAGUAGCCUGUUUAUCUCAUCGAAAUGUAGUCCGGUUAAGUCAAAGGUCUGCAACCCAAAAUGUUGAAAGAGCCACAUUGGACCAAAAAUACAAAAAAAAAAUCUGUUUUAGCCGCAAAAAAUAAAAAGCCGUAUAUAAGUCUUAUAAUGAAGGUACCACAGGCCGUAAGUGUCUAUAUUAGCUAUAACAGCCUACUAUCAAAAUGACUGUGUCGCAGGCUGAAGCAAAUCUUCGUUGACAGAAAUGUUGAAAUGUAAUAUUUAUUCUACACAUUUUUACAACAUUAGACACCAUUAGUAAAUCAGAGGCUAGUGACCUGUGUAAGUCACUCCAUGUGCCCCACCAGUUGUGUGUGUAACAGUUCUGGCCAUAUCAUAUCUAAGUAGAAAACUGAUAUGAUAUUCACAAUCUGUGACGGAAAUGUAAUUUUUAAAAGUUCCACUGUCGCAAGCUUCAUAUUCCUCACUGUUUAGUCUCGUUUAGGAGUUGGCAACCCAAAACGUUGAAAGAGCCAUAUUGGACCAAAAAUAAAAAAAACAGACCUGUCUGGAACCGAAAAAAUGAAAAUUUAAGUCUUAUAAUGAAGGCAACACAUGACGUAAGUGUCUAUAUUAGCGAUAACAGCCUACUAUCAAAAUUACUAUCUGUCACAGGCUUAAGCAAAUCUUCGUUGACAGAAAUUUUGCUAAUGUUUGGUCUGGAACAACAUGGCACAAAACUAUCAGAAAUGCACCCAAUAUUACAUACAGAUAAUGCGUCAUUAGACAUGCAAAACUAAAUGAUAUACAAAGAGCAUAAAAGUAAAGGAAAUUAAAUGAGCUCAAAUAUACUUACAAAUGAUGCAAUAUGUACAUACAGCUAGCCUAAAUAGCAUGUUAGCAUUUGUUAGCUUGCAGUCAUGCAGUGACCAAAUAUGUCUGAUUAGCACUGCAACAAGUUAAUAACAUCAACAAAGCGCACCUUUGUGCAUUCACGCACAGCAUCAAACCUUUGGUAGACAAAAUGAGACAAAGAAAGAUUGAAAGAUUUUACAUGUAAACAAACUGUUGUGUCACAGUCCACACUAUGGUGAGUUCAAGAACCAACAAAAUUAGUAGGACAAAACCAUAUUCACCACAUACUGUCAUUGGUAAAGCUUCCACACAAACAUAUUAAACAGUGGGCUUUCUAAUAA